AGCACUCAGGUACUAACUUUUUCUCUUGUUGUACGUGUGAGUGAACUGGGCGUCUGCUUCAAAUAAAUUAAUUUUUCCUGUAGAAAAUCGUUGAACAAUUAAUAAACUAAAAAGAGAACAAGUGAAAUGGCAGAUUUAAACGAUUCGAAUGGAAACUACGACGACAAUGAUGAGCAAAUUUCUGAGCCCGAGCAACUCCGCAAACUGUUCAUUGGCGGUUUGGACUACCGAACCACCGAUGAGGGCCUUAAAGCUCAUUUUGAGAAGUGGGGCAAUAUCGUCGAUGUCGUGGUCAUGAAGGAUCCCAAAACAAAACGGUCUCGCGGUUUCGGCUUCAUUACUUACUCACAGUCAUAUAUGAUUGACAAUGCGCAGAAUGCACGUCCUCAUAAAAUCGAUGGACGCACUGUAGAGCCAAAGCGUGCUGUGCCACGACAGGAAAUCGAUGCACCCAAUGCCGGCGCCACGGUUAAGAAACUGUUUGUAGGCGGUCUGCGGGACGAUCAUGACGAGGAAUGCCUGCGCGAGUAUUUCAAGGAGUUUGGACAAAUUGUGGGCGUGAAUAUUGUGUCCGAUAAGGAUACGGGCAAAAAGCGCGGUUUUGCGUUUAUUGAGUUCGAUGACUACGACCCCGUGGACAAAAUUAUCUUGCAGAAGACGCACACCAUCAAGAACAAAACGCUUGAUGUGAAGAAAGCAAUUGCCAAACAGGAUAUGGAUCGUCAAGGUGGUGGUGGAGGCGGCGGUGGCGGCCGUGGUGGUCCUGGUGGACGUGCCGGCGGACGAGGUGGUGAUCGCGGCGGCCAAGGCGGCGGCUGGGGUAACAAUCGUCAGAAUGGUGGCGGUAAUUGGGGCUCCGGCGGCGGAGGCUUUGGUAAUAAUGGCAACUUUGGAGGCAACCAAGGCGGCUCUGGCGGGUGGAACCAACAGAGUGGUCCAUGGAACAACCAGGGCGGUAACAGCGGCGGCGGAGGUGGCUGGAACAAUGGUGGUGGCGGUGGCUAUAGCGGCGGUGGCAACAGCAACGGCAACUGGGGCGGCGGCAGUGGUGGCGGCAGCUUCAGCAACGAUUACCAACAGAGCUACGGUGGUGGCCCACAGCGCAACAGUAACUUUGGCAACAAUCGCCCAGCGCCUUACAACCCAGGUGGCUUCAACAAGAGUGCUGGCCAAGGCGGCGGCGGUGGCCAGGGUGGUUUUGGCGGUGGCAACAAUUACAACACUACUCAAGGCGGCAAUAUGGGUGGAAACAGACGUUACUAAUCAAGGUAAACACUUACAGAAUCAGUUCAAGCUAGACAAACAGGCAGUCUAGGCGCAGGCAGUGAGACAGGCAGAGGCAGAAGCAGAGGCAGGCAAUCAAUGACAGUGAGAGGCAGUGAAAUUUGGGCAAGUCAAGGCAGGCAGACAAGAUAAUGAAUGAUUUGAAUAAAAGCCAGUAAGCAGCAGCUAUGCAGUUAUCAGGCAAUCGACACUGAUUGCCCUCAGCCACUGAUUGCUACCAGCCUAAGCAACUAACUAAACCCGAUAAAAA